GUGAGGAUGAACGUGACAAAAAUUCUCGUGGAUUCAACAAAAAAUCUUAUGGGUUCAAGUCACCAUCUUCUAACCCUCGAAAUGACGAAGAUGAGUUCAAGACACUACCUCCUAAACCUCAAGAUGAUGAUAAAGAUUCACUUUCCCUUACUCCAAACAAGCGAAAGAUGAGUGAUAAAAAGGUCAUUCAGUAUCUUAGUGCAAUGAAGCAAUCAUUGGAAGCCAAUAAAUGUUUAAGCAUCUUUGUAAUCGUGUUACAGAACUCUGGAGAUAAUUUCAAGUCUAAAAUAAUGCAAAAAAUUGAAGAUAAUUUGAAGCCUAACCUUGUUCCUGAUUUUAGUUAUAAUAUGGUCGAUAUAUUUCCAAACUUGUCAAGGAAAAUCAGAGAACGAAAGUAUAUUAUUCAAAACAUUUCUUCUUUAUUCAAAUUUUACGAAGUCACGUUUGGAAACAUUUAUUUUGACUGGAUUGAAUCACACUCGCCGGCGUCAAAAUUAACAAAGUCGCCUACAAACUCUGGUAUUGUUAAGGUCGAUGCAAGAGGUGUCAGGUUAUUCGAUAAUAAGGAAAUUUUCCAUGUAGAAGUGUCAGGCCCGCCAUCACCACCAUCAGAUAAUAAUGCUGUUAACAAUACAAAAAAAUCUCUACAUACUGAUAUUUUAAACCUAAUUGCGAUCCUGCUUGAUCACCUCAGAGUUCCAGUAGAAAAUGCAACUGAAAUUAAAGUUUUUAAAUAUUGUAUGACACUAUACUCGCUCAACAUGCUAAAUGAUGGCACUUUCCUGACGUCUGAACUAUAUUCUACAUUGUUACCAUUUUCACUUGAUGCCAUAUCGAA